AAAUUUGCAAUAAAGGCUAUUAUAAUUGCAAGAUCAAACGCGAAGUCGAUUGUAAGUGUGGCCUGUAGCAAAGCACGAGAAAUAUUUGUACAUUGCAUGUCAAAAUAUUUCAAAAUAUUGAGGACUGAAAAAGUAGAAUCGACAGAAGCUCAUUCCAGAAAAUGAAGAUCUACGUAUUUACUCUUUUAAUUGUGGCUGCGUUCGCUUUCGCAUACCCUGAGGAAGGUAACGAUUGCGACGUAUACCGGUACAAACGUUUAUUCACCUGUAAUCAUAUCUGCGAAAAUCUCUGUACCAAAAACGGAUUCGAACCAGGCUACUGUAAUCCACCUAAUACUUGUUUUUGCCGCGAGAAUGGAAGGUAUUUUCCGGUAUUAAUCCUUCAAAUGCCUCGGGAAUAAUCGUUCCCUCAGGAAGGCUGGAUUAAAAAUUUGGCCGAUGCAGCGAUGGACGUAUCGCAUAUAAGUUACAUUUUUUGCUUCAAACACAAAUAAUUUGUUAUUAUUAUAUUUCAACAUUGUACUACAAAUUCGUCUAUAAUAAAUAUUCUUCAAGUAUUUAAGAA